UCCUCAUCCUCUUUUCCUAAUUCUCUUAUAACUUUACUUUUACUCGACAAAACUAGCAAGAGCCAUAGACGACUGAUCAGUACUAAGAAAGAAUCGAAAGGAGCUUCAGAAUUAGAAGGAAGAUGGCUCUCAGAUUUGUUUCUUUAUUUCUCUUAGCUAAUCUUUUGCUCUUGACGUGUAUCCACGCUCACAUGGAUCAUAUGGAGGAUCCGAAACUGGGAUACGUCACCAUAAAUGAUCUACAAGUUGGGAAAACAAUUACCAUCCAUGUCCGAACCAAAGACCCAUCUUCUUUACCUCACUUCUUGCCUAGACAAGAGGCUGAUUCCAUUCCUUUUUCAGUGGAAGAAUUCCCAUAUCUCCUUCGACUCUUCAAAAUCUCUCAACAUUCUCCUCAAGCAAAAGCAAUCAAGAAUACACUGGAAGAUUGUGAAUCUAAGUCCACUCUAGAAGUGACGAAGUUCUGUGCUACCUCCUUAGAAUCCCUGGUUGAUUCCGUGCGUGCCAUUUUUGGACCACAAAGCCCUUUCAAAGUUUUAGCCACGACCACCUUCAAAAAAUCUAACACCCUUCUACAGAACUACACUUUCCUUCAAGUUAAAGAGGUUUCAUCUUCAAAGACGGUGGUGUGCCAUAAUACGCCUUACCCUUACGCAGUUUUUUACUGCCAUGACUUACAGGGUGGGACCAAGGUUUUCGAGGUUUUAGUAGGUGGUGAGCAUGGAGAAAAAGCGACAGCGUUUUUUAUUUGCCACAUGGACACAUCCUCCUUUGCACCCGACCACAUCGCCUUUCGUGUUCUUGGCAUCAAGCCAGGAACAUCUUCUGUGUGCCACUAUAUCUUUCCACAAGGUCUUCUUUGGGUUCGAUCCUAAUUAAUUAAUGUAAUUAAACACAAAAUCUACUGCUCUGUACACUCUUUUAUCACGUACCGGUUGAUAUCACAUGGUUUAAGCGGCUUUGAAUAUAUAUAUAUAUAUAUGCUUCUUCAUAAUCAUGUCAUUGCUGCUUGCUGGUUUGUAGUCUAUCGGGAGUACAGUGAAGGAUGUGAUCAAUUAUCUUGUAACUUAUAUAUCUCAAGUCAAUCCGUUUUAAAUGGCUAGAUUCUCUCCAGUCUUCCAUGCA